AAGAAGCCUUUGGAACCGGUUUCCCCCCCCCAGCGCUCCGUUCAGCUCUGCCGUCGUUCGUGUCUGGAAGACAUCAGAUUCGCUGGCCGAGCCUGCACAGCCUCCUGAGGGAGGCAAACACGCCGCCACACUUGCAGCGUAUUGAGUUUUCACAUUUACCUGGGGUUCCUCGCCGGUUGUCCUUGUCGCUCAAAUUGAUAGCACACUCCGGUUUGAAUUCAAGAUGUCACAAUCAGAUCGCCCAGAAAUCUCACGGACAUCGAGCGGAGCUCGAAGACGGCGAGCGCCUACCAUUACAAUCGAUACCUCUGCUGGAGACCACCACAAUUCGCUGCAUUCCGAGAACAAUGUAGCACCGGAACUACGACCAGCGCAGUCUUUUGACAGCAAGCAGAGCCGGCCUGUCUCUUCGCAUAAUGUUUCAUCGCCAACGUCCAAGAGCAAUGAUGGUAACUUCCUUUCUGUCCCGGGAAGCCGAUCACGUCAGAACUCUUUUGACUCGGAUGACGGAAAUCGAUCACCGUCAUCUUACGGUGGGGAGACGUUCUACUCACCACCAUCGUCAUCGGCACAAGGAGAUCGAUUAGCCAAGAGUGUUUCACUGCAGCAGGACAAUAGCCAUAUUACCCGGGACGAGGAAGCUUUGAAGCCGGACCCCGGAACCGAAGCCGACUUCGACAUAGAGGAUAAUAAAUUUGCCUUUUCCCCGGGACAGCUAACCAAGCUUUUCAACCCCAAAAGCCUAGGCGCAUUCUACGCCCUCGGCGGCCUUUCCGGUCUCGAAAAGGGCCUGCGAACCAAUUGCCGAGCUGGCCUGAGUAUGGAUGAAGGCGCUCUGGACGGGUCCGUCUCCUUUGAAGAUGCAACCAUGUCGCAAGCUGCCGUGGCUGCACCGAAGGGUACUGAAGUACCCGGCUUUGAGAGAACGACUACGGAGACGACCACCAGGACAGCCGUGUCUGGCAACGAAGACUCCUUCAUAGAUCGAAGACGAGUUUUCGGCGACAAUCGGAUCCCGGAGCGAAAGGCCAAGAACAUCUUCCAGCUGGCAUGGAUGGCCUACAAUGAUAAGAUAUUAAUCUUGCUGACUGUUGCUGCCGUCAUUUCUUUAGCUCUUGGACUUUAUGAAACCUUUGGACAGAAACACGACGCGAGCCAUCCGCCGGUCGAAUGGGUUGAAGGCGUUGCCAUUAUUGUGGCUAUCCUUAUUGUUGUGGUAGUUGGAGCUGCUAACGACUGGCAAAAAGAAAGGCAGUUUGUCAAACUCAAUAAGAAGAAGGAGGAUAGAAUGAUCAAGCUUGUGCGUUCUGGAAAGACACAAGAAGUAUCGAUAUAUGAUGUUCUCGCAGGAGACGUGCUACUGCUUGAACCCGGUGACAUGGUACCUGUGGAUGGAAUCCUCAUUGAAGGGCACAAUGUCAAAUGCGACGAAUCCUCUGCCACCGGCGAAUCCGAUCUCAUCAAGAAGAGCAAUGCAGACGACGUCUAUAGAGCGAUUGAGGACAACGAAAGUACCCGCAAAAUGGAUCCGUUCAUUAUUUCGGGCGCAAAGGUUACCGAAGGCGUCGGUCGGUUCUUGGUGACCGGAACAGGUAUCCACUCGAGCUAUGGCAAGACAAUGAUGUCUCUUCGGGAAGAAUCUGAGCCAACCCCUCUUCAAUCGAAACUCAAUGUCCUGGCCGAAUACAUUGCAAAGCUGGGUGGAGCAGCCGCUCUGCUCCUCUUUGUUGUUCUCUUCAUCAAGUUUCUUGUUCAGCUGCGCGGCAACCACUCCAGUCCUUCCGAAAAAGGUCAACAAUUCCUUCAGAUUUUCAUUGUCGCGGUGACCAUUGUCGUCGUUGCAGUACCGGAGGGUCUACCGCUCGCAGUGACGCUUGCACUGGCUUUUGCUACCACGAGAAUGUUAAAGGACAACAAUCUGGUUCGUGUACUGCGUGCAUGCGAGACCAUGGGAAAUGCGACAGCUAUUUGCUCUGACAAAACCGGUACUCUCACCCAAAAUAAGAUGACCGUUGUCGCUGGGACUUUGGGCACAGCCUCCCGCUUUGGCGACAAGAGCAUGCCCGAACGCGAUGCCUCCGCUUCCCUAGGCACAACAGACGAAGCUGUUUCGCCCACCUCGUCUCCCAAAGGCAAGAAGCCGACCCCCGCCGCCAAAACUGAUGGGGACGAUGUCUCGGUUGGGGAAUUCGUCUCCACACUUCAUGACGACGUCAAGGAGUUGGUGAAGAAAUCUGUCGCGAUCAACUCGACUGCCUUUGAAGGCGAAGAAGAUGGGAGCUCGACAUUCAUUGGAUCAAAGACAGAGACUGCUCUCCUUCAUUUUGCCAGAGAUCAUCUUGGAAUGGGGCCUCUGAGCGUAGAGCGGUCCAACGUUGACACCGUUCAAGUCUUCCCCUUUGACUCUGGCCGUAAAUGCAUGGCAUCAGUUAUCAAACUUGACAAUGGGAGAUUUAGGAUGUAUGUGAAAGGUGCUUCUGAGAUCAUGCUUUCACACUGUACCAAGAUCAUUGCCGAUCCUACCGCGGGCAUUUCUGAGACAUCCAUAAGCAAAGACAACGUGGAGGCUUUGGAGCACAUCAUUCAAAGUUAUGCUUCACGCUCACUGCGCACUCUGGGCCUUCUUUACCGGGAUUUUCAGCAAUGGCCACCCUCGUCAGCAAGAACACAAGAAGGGAAUUCACGGGAGGCCAUCUUUGAUGAUGUCUUCAAAGAGAUGAUCUUCCUUGGAGUGAUUGGUAUCCAAGAUCCCCUGAGGGAUGGUGUUGCCGAUGCUGUUUUUACGUGUCAAAAAGCGGGAGUCUUCGUCCGCAUGGUUACUGGAGAUAACAUUCUGACGGCUCGUGCUAUUGCGCAGCAAUGUGGAAUCUUCACCGAGGGAGGUCUGAUUAUGGAAGGACCAAAGUUUCGUAAACUUAGUAAAACGCAGCUCGAUCAGAUUAUUCCGCGGUUGCAAGUCCUUGCUCGGUCUAGCCCGGAAGAUAAGAGAAUUCUAGUCAGACGUUUAAAGGAGCUCGGGGAGACAGUUGCAGUUACUGGCGAUGGUACCAAUGAUGCGCCGGCUUUAAAAUCUGCAGAUGUUGGUUUCUCUAUGGGCAUUGCUGGUACGGAGGUAGCAAAGGAGGCUUCCGCUAUCAUUCUCAUGGAUGACAAUUUCACUUCGAUUGUAAAGGCGAUGAUGUGGGGCCGUGCUGUCAACGACUCGGUCAAGAAAUUUCUCCAGUUCCAAUUGACGGUUAACAUUACCGCCGUUCUUUUGGCUUUUGUGUCCGCUGUUGCCAGUAAAGAUGAGUCUUCAGUGCUCACAGCAGUCCAGCUGCUCUGGGUCAAUCUGAUCAUGGACACGUUUGCAGCCCUUGCGCUGGCCACUGAUCCUCCGUCGUCGAGUGUUUUGGACCGCAAACCUGAUCCUAAGUCAGCACCUCUCAUCUCAGUGACCAUGUGGAAAAUGAUCAUUGGCCAAGCCAUCUAUCAGCUUGUGGUCACAUUUAUCUUGUAUUUUGGCGGAGUUAAGAUUUUGUCCUACCAAACAGCACGGGAACAACAUCAGCUCAAUACUCUGGUGUUCAACACAUUUGUGUGGAUGCAGAUUUUCAAUGAGCUUAACAAUCGCCGACUUGACAAUCACUUCAACAUCUUUGAAGGAGUAUUCCGAAAUUACUUCUUCAUUGUGAUCACCCUGAUCAUGAUUGCCGGACAAGUAAUGAUUGUGUUCGUUGGUGGACGAGCAUUCUCCGUCACACGUCUUAACGGUGCUCAGUGGGCAUAUUCAAUUAUCCUCGGCGCGCUUUCAAUUCCAGUUGGCAUUGUUCUAAGAUUGAUACCGGAUGAACUGAUCCUGAAAGCCGUACCUCGAAGUUGGCGGCGAAAGCCGGCUCCGCAGCUGGUUGUAUCGGAUGAUGAUCGCCGGUACGAAUUCAGUCAGGCUCUGGAGGGAAUUAGAGAGGACCUCGUCUUCCUUAAAAAGAUACGCGGUGGUCGUCUCAACGCCCUGAAAUUCAAACUUCAACAUCCUCGUGAGGCUCUGCUUUACCGUUCGAGGAGUGUCUCACGAUCCGGAAGCUCAGACUUGCCGCGGACGCCAACUGCCGAAGGUGGCGCAAGUGAUUUUGGGUCUCUUUCUGCGACCCCAGAUUCUCGCAAUCGCCGCAGGGGAAGGUCCCGCUCUAACUCUGCAUUUGGCCCAGCAGCUGCAAUGGCUGGCAUCAUUGCCGGUAGUGUUGCCGGUUGGUCCCCAAUUGAACGGUCAGCGGCUAGCGAUGACGGCAUUCCAAAAUUUACUCGCUCGCGCGCUAGGUCAGAUCUUGAAUCUCAGGAAGGUGUGGAGGUGCAUCCAUCUACGAAACCAGACGAUCCAAUCAUCUCCGAAGACAUUCACGCGAGGACUACUCCUCCCAGUCAGCGACCUGAAGAGACACCAAACUUUCACGAGGAAUCGCGGUGUUCAGCGCCUCAAACUUCCCCGCGAUAAAGGCCUCAAGAGAUUCACCAUGGAUUCAUCAUCGUCUUCGUCCUGCUGUUGUCUACUUCUUGCCUCCAUGUCUCACGAUCGGUGAUAAUACCAACUUGCUCAUUUGGUCUUUUUAUGUGCUUUUGAUCAGUCUCAUUGCUUAGCUUCGGGGCAAGCGUCUU